AUGGCGACAACGGCAGGGCUGUCAUCGAACUGGCUGGCGCUUCAGAAGAAGACUACGAAGGAUGAAUCGUUGAGUAAAACGAGCAAGAAGCGGAAGUUGCAGACGGCGGAGGGAAAGACAAAGGUGGAAAUAAAGAAGAAGAAGAAGAGUAAAUCAGAGGGCGGAUCAAAGUCGUUGGAAAGCAUAGCGCUUGAAGCAGCAAAGAAAGUUAUUGGAAAGGAAAAAGAGCAGAAGAGUAGUCGUGGGAAAGAUGCAGAACUGCUGGAAUGGGCGGCGGAGAAUGAUAUCGGAUUAGAGGAUCUGGAAGAAGCGUACGGGAAGGACAAAUCAAAGACCACGAUCGGAAAGUACGUGGCUUUGGAUUGCGAGUUUGUCGGGGUUGGGUUCGAGGGCAAGAGGUCUGCGCUUGCGCGGGUGUCGAUGGUGAAUUACCAUGGUGCGAUUGUGAUGGACGAGUUUGUGAGGCCUGAGGAGAAGGUUACGGAUUGGAGAACGUGGGUUAGUGGUAUAAGACCAGAGGAUAUGAAGGAUGCGAAAUCAUUCAAAGAAGUACAGUACAAAGUCGCCGAGAUUUUGAAAGACCGGAUCUUAGUAGGCCACGCGAUCAAGAACGAUCUGAAGGUGCUGAUGAUUUCGCACCCGGCGCGACUGAUCAGAGACACCUCGAAGCUGCCCGAGUUUAGAAAACUGACAAAGGGCCGGACGCCGUCGCUGAAGAAGGUGGCGAAGGAGAUCCUCGGGAUCGAGAUCCAGGGAGAAGAGCACUCGUCGAUAGAGGAUGCUCGGGCGUGUAUACUGUUGCUGCGCAAGUAUAAGGAGGAGUUCGACAGGCUUGCGCAGAGGGGGACGCGAGGGGCUGAGGAGAAGAAGGGCAAGCAGCUUCUGCCGGCUACUGAAGAGGCGUGA